AUGAGAGCUUUUUGUCCAAAUAGAAGCCAAUCUAAAGUCCCCUUUUCUUAAAAUAAUGCUUAUCACAGAAAAAGUAGAAGUGUUGGAACAUCUAAGAGAAAUCGAAGCUAAGGUCAAAGCAUCAAUAUUCAGAUCUAGAGAUAGAAAGAUAAGUUUUAAAAUCAGAGUUGUGAGCUGAAGUCUAUGAUUAGAAAAACAGAAUAUUAGUAGAGAUCCUUUUCUAGCAAUAUUAGACGAAAGCCUACAAUUAACUUUGAUUUUGACUUAAUUGGCUUAUUUGUUAACCCUCUUGUUAAAAAUUUUGUCCUAUAAGCUUGCUUCCUCAAGAAUUUAUAAUCCCUAACAUCAGAAUAAGCUUAGUAAUUGGCUGUACUUCUAACAUUGUAUAAUCCUAUUGUUUAAAAUCUCUACGAAUUUAUGGAUAUAAAAGCAAGAGUACUAGGAGCUUUCAUCAAUGACUUAAAAUACUAUUAAUUAUCCCUUUCAGAGGAGAUUGAUGAGCUGAAAAUAUAAAUAUCUGUUGUUCAAGGUGUAAUUAAGGAGAAGGAAAAGAUCAAAUAAGAGAUAAGGAAAAUAGAAGAUGAAUUUUACUUAGUUUUCGAUUAUUUUUUGUCUGCAGAUAACUUAAUAACACUGAUAGACUAUAAUCAAUUAAAUUUCAACUUCAGAGACUACAUCCAUUUGAAUGCUUAAAAGAAACAUUUCAAGGAAUGUUUAAAGAUUGUUUCUGAUCUUUACAAAAGUUAUGAGCAUCCAUUAUACUUUGAAAAAGAGAAAACUUGCAACAGGUAUCUCAACAAAAAAAUUGGGAUGGAAAUAGUAAUCAGAGACUAGGUGACAUUUAAAACUAUUCCUGAUUCAAUGCUUAUCAACAGUGAAACCUCAAAUGACAUCAAAUACGUGGUGAAAGAUCAUAAGAAUGGAAAUUAAUUUACAAAAAAUAUUUAGAUUCUAAAUGGUGAGAAUAAUCAAGAAGAUUAAGAUGAUUAAAGUAAGAUAAUUAAAUGA